ACACCAUUGUCGAACUUGACAAAUCUUGUGAUUUUUAUUUUUAUGAUUGUCAUCGCAUAUGUUAGGUUUGUUGCUAAACAAAUUUAUACACAAAUUUCCGACCAAAAAUCCAAAACUUGUAAUUCAAAAGAUCAAUUAUCAGCUAAUCUGAGAAUUUGAAUCCUCUAUGUGUUAUAUUUGAUGAAUUUCUCAAGUUGUAGUAUUUAAUCCACGCAAUUAGCAUCGGCGAUGAUUGAAUAUUAUCAUCUAAUUUUGCAGCUGGCAUUCACCUAUCAUCACAGAUGGUUUCUCUUUAUUUGGUGAAUUGGGGGAAUGUCUAUUCAUGAAGACAACACCACACAAACUAAAGAUUCUCCAGGUUCCUCCUCCUGUCUUAAAAUGGAGACCUCUUCAAAUUGGAGUCGCUACUCAAAGAAAUGGAAGAAUUCUGCUUUAGGUGCACGUGCGAGGCUGGAGGGUUUAUUAUCUGAAGCUAACAAUGCAACUUGUGCAGACUGUGGAGCACCAGAUCCCAAAUGGGUAUCUCUUACUACUGGAGCUUUUAUUUGUAUCAAAUGUUCUGGAGUUCAUAGAAGCCUUGGAGUGCAUAUAUCAAAGGUAUUUUCUGUGAAUCUUGAUGAAUGGACACACGAGCAAGUAGAUAGUAUAACUGAAAUGGGUGGAAAUAGUGUUGUGAACUUGAAAUAUGAAGCUCAAAUUCCUGACAAGUAUAAAAAACCAAAUCCCAACUCUAGUGCUCAGGAGCGGACUCACUUCAUAAGGAGAAAAUACGAGUUCUUCAACACUGCUUUACAUCCUCCGUCUUCUUCCUACCACCAAAGGCGCGAUAAUGAGAAACAUGAGCGUAGUCACCACAAGAAAAGAUCGGAACAUAAGACUCACAAUCACAACAAAAGCCAGGCAGGUAUGGUCGAAUUUGUAGGGCUGAUUAAGGUGAGUAUACUGCGAGGCACCAACCUAGUCGUCCGAGAUAUGGUGUCUAGUGACCCCUACGUCGUCCUCUCACUCGGAAAUCAGUCAAUGAAGACGCGGGUUAUAAAAAAUAACAUCAACCCUGUAUGGAAUGAAUGCCUAAUGUUGUCAAUUCCAUCAGAUAUACCUCCUUUGAAGUUGGAUGUGUAUGACAAGGAUACAUUCUCAACAGAUGAUUUUAUGGGGGACGCUGUGAUUGAUAUCGAACCACUGCUGUCGGUUGCUAGGGCUACAGAGUCAUCCUCCACCGGGGCGGUCACAUUCCAACCGGGUAGAGUCAAGCAAGUUGUUUGCAUUUCUUUACAGAAUGUUGAAAGAGGUUCACUCGAGAUCGAGCUUGAGUGUAUGCCUCUCACGCAAUAGCAUCAUCCAAAACUAACUUUUAAAUAUGUAUAUUACCUUUGCAUACGCUUGCUUGUAUAAUAGAUUUCAAAUUUUUAACUCAUCAA